AUGGUCGUGCUCGCAGCAUCCAUUUGCACUCGCGGUGGUAAAGCAGUGCUUUCGCGCCAAUUUCGCGAAAUUCCUCGCUCCCGAAUCGAAGCUCUUCUCGCCUCCUUCCCCAAGCUUGCGGACUCGCAGACCCAGCACACUACAGUCGAACAGGACAACGUGCGAUUUGUGUACCAGCCAUUGGAUGAGCUCUACAUUGUCCUGAUCACCAACCGUCAAUCCAACAUUUUGCAAGACAUUGAUAGUCUGCAUCUCUUUGCGCAAGUGACGACUAGCAUCUGCAAGAGUCUCGAUGAACGUGAAAUCCUUCGCAAUGCGUUCGAGCUACUCAGCGCGUACGAUGAGCUGGUAACCCUGGGUUAUCGAGAGAACCUGUCACUUUCGCAGAUCAAGACAUUCCUCGAGAUGGAGAGUCACGAGGAGCGCAUUCAAGAGAUCAUUGAGCGGAACAAAGAAUUGGAAGCCAGCGAGGAACGCAAACGCAAAGCCAAGCAAUUGGAAAUGCAGCGCAAAGAGGCUGCUCGCUCAAACCGUGGCGCUGCUCCCCGAGCACCCAACUACCCUGCCUACACACCACCUUCGCGUCCGUCGGUCCCCGAGACCUUUGACUCCUACGAGGCGGAAAAGAAAAAGACCUUCGCCAAGCCCCUUCCCACUCGUGGAAAGGGAAUGCAGCUCGGCAAGAAAUCCAAAGCUACUGAUAUUUAUGAAAAGGUACGGGGCGACCUCGGCCCGGAGAUCGAGGAGUCCAGCCCGCUGGUUACCCCACAAGCGUCAACUCCCGUCCAAGAGCCUUCCUCUGCUCGUGUGUCCCUAACAGGGGAUCGUGAGCCCGUUCAUGUGACUAUCGCCGAGACAAUUUCCGCCACACUCACUCGUGAAGGCGCGGUCAAAUCUUUCGAGGUCAAGGGAGAUCUUCAGCUUCGCAUCACUGACCCGGCUUUCACCAAACUUCGACUUGACCUGAGAGCAAUUCCCACCCAGGGUGCUCAGUUCCGAACUCAUCCCAACGUCGAUAAAGCUCUCUUCACAAAUACCUCCGCCAUCCAGCUGAAAGAUACCACGAAACGAUUCCCUGCCAACAACUCCAUUGGUGUUUUGCGAUGGCGUGUGGCUAGCACUGCUGAUAAUGCCGAGCUGCUUCCUAUCACAUUCACUGUGUGGGUCAAUAAGGGCUCUGACUCGACCACUGUAACCGUGGAAUAUGAGCUGAAUGGCGCAGAUACUCUGCGUGACGUUGUGGUCACCAUUCCCUAUGGCACAUCAGAGCCUGCAGUUGCCAGCUUCGAUGCGGUCUACGAGGUAUCAGGUGAUAGCCUGGACUGGAAUCUAGGCACAGUGGACGAGUCGAACUCGUCGGGCAGCUUCGAAUUCGAAUCAACAGGGGAUGGCGAUGAGAAUGAGUUCUUCCCGAUGAGCGUACGCUUCACAAAAUCUCAGCCAUUCGUCGAUGUUGAUGUCCUCGAUGCAACCCUGUUGGAGAUGGGUGGUGAGAGUGCUGGUUUCUCCAAGGACAUUCGCAGUGUCGCGGAGAAUUACCUCAUUGAGUAA